AUGGAUGUUGAAGAUGUUGAAAUAGAUCUUCUAGCAAGAAGUGGUAAUGUAGAUGAGUUUUGUGAGGCAAGUACGAGUGGUAACGCUGCACGCAGUUUAGAUCAGUUUGCAGCUGUUGGUGAGCCAAGAAAUGGGAUGGAAUUUGAAUCGAAGGAGGCAACGUACUAUUUCUACAGGGAAUAUGCUCGAUUAGUUGGAUUUGGCAUCACAAUAAAAGCUAGCCGUCGAUCAAAAAGAUCGGGAAAGUUUAUCGAUGUUAAAAUAGUAUGUUCAAGAUUUGGAACCAAGCGCAAGUCGGUUGCAGCUAUAAACCCACGAUCAUGUCCAAAGACGGGUUGCAAAGCAGGUUUGCAUAUGAAGAGGAAGGAAGACGAGAAAUGGGUUAUAUAUGAUUUCGUAAAAGAACAUAACCAUGAGAUAUGUCCAGAUGAUUUUUAUAUUAGCGUAAGGGGAAAGAACAAGCCUGUUGGUGCGCUAGCGUAUCAAAAGAAUGGUCUUCAGUUGGCUCUAGAAGAGGAAGACUUAAAGCUAAUGCUUGACCAUUUUAUGGAUAUGCAGGAGAAGCAGCCGGGUUUUUUCUAUGCAGUAGAUUUCGACUGUGAAAAACAUGUUAGAAAUGUCUUUUGGAUUGAUGCGAAGGCCAAACACGACUAUGGCAGCUUUUCUGAUGUUGUUCUCUUCGACACGUUUUAUGUUAGGAGCGAAUACAAAAUCCCAUUUGCUCCUUUUAUUGGGAUCAACCAUCACCGUCAAUACGUGUUGCUUGGAUGUGCUUUGAUUGGAGAAGAGAGUGAGUCAACAUAUUCUUGGCUAUUUCAGAUGUGGCUCAAAGCAAUCGGUGAUAAAGCUCCUGGAGUGAUGAUAACAGAUCAGGAUAAGCUUCUAAGUGACAUUGUUGUUGAAGUCUUUCCAAGUUCUCGUCAUUGUUUCUGUUUGUGGAAUGUGGUUAGUAAGAUUCCUGAGAUGCUGAAUCCUUUUGUAAGUCAAGAUGAUGGUUUUAUGGAAAGUUUCAGAAAUUGCGUAUACAGCUCUUGGACAGAUGAACAAUUCGAAAGGAGGUGGUCAGAUAUGAUUGGUAAAUUUGAACUUAAGGAGAAUGAGUGGGUUCAAUUGUUGUUUAAAGAUCGGGAAAAGUGGGUGCCACAUUAUUUUCACGGAGUUUCUUUAGCUGGAAUGUCUGGACCUGAAAGAUCCGGAAGUAUCGCCUCUCAUUUCGACACGUAUAUUAAUUCAGAGGCUACGUUCAAGGACUUCUUUGAACUCUACAUGAAGUUUCUGCAAUAUCGAUGUGACGUGGAAGCAAAGGGUGAUCUUGAAUCUCAAAACAAACAGCCUACAAUGAGGUCUUCUUUGGCUUUUGAAAAACAACUUUCCUUGACCUACACAGACGCUGCUUUUAAGAAGUUCCAAGCUGAGGUACUGGGAAUUGUUUCUUGUCAACUUCAAAAAGAAAGAGAAGAUGGAGCAACAGCAAUAUUCUGGGUUGAAGAUUUCGAAAAAAGGCAAAAUUUCUUCGUUGCUUUGAACAAAGAGUUGUUGGAUGUGUGUUGCUCUUGUCAUUUAUUUGAGUAUCAGGGAUUCCUCUGCAAACAUGCGAUACUCGUGCUUCAAAACUCUGAUGUUUCCUGCAUUCCAUCUCAGUAUAUAUUAAAGCGGUGGUCAAAGAAAGGUAACAACAAAGAAGACAAAAACGAAAUAUGUGCCACUGUACAUAACCGAAUGGCACGUUUUGAUGAUCUUUGUAGGCGCUUUGUCAAGCUGGGAGAAGUAGCAUCUUUAUCAGAUGAUACCUACAAGACUGCUUUAAAGUUGUUGGAGGGAACCUUGAAGAACUGUGUUAGUGUGAACAAUUCUCCCAAGUUUCCUUCAGAAACAUUAAUGACGGGUAGAUCUAUCAGCUUAGAAAAUGAAAGUAUGUUGGACAGUGCAUCAAGAUUUUCCAAGAAAAAGAAAAUUCAGAAGAAAAGAAAGGUGUACUCUAGGCCAGAGGAUGCAACAAACAGGUCAGAAGAACUCGGCCAAGAAACUGAACAAGUUAGCUCCAGAGCUCCUACCUUUGGAAACUGUUACAAUCCUCAAGCAGAUAUGGAAGAGACCGAACUAGGUUCUCGUGCAGCAACUCUUGGGGUCUAUUAUCCGACUCAACAGAAUGUUCAAGCGUUCUCAUUGAUUUCUUCCAUUCAGGAUGGUUAUUACGGACAUUCGCCAAUCAUACAAGCCAUGGGAAACAUGCAUUCAAUUCAUGGACGCAUGAGUCAAUACGAGACCCAACCAAGCAUCCAAGGAGCUGGACAGACAGGUUUCAGAGGAAGCGCCAUCCGUGGCUGCUAUGACAUUGAAGAAACUCUGCACGACAUGACAAUGGAAUCCUCACAGUUUCAGGACUCUGGACCGAGCCAUCCAAGUGAUCACCGUUUGUCCAACUAA